AUUAACUCACUCGCUGCAGGCUCGUGCUUUUACUCCCUCCUGCUGCUGCCGGCUGAUGCUAAUCACUGCGAGGGAGGUCCCGUCCCGACUCCCGAGUAACAACGGUUCCGGAGUAACAAUGGCAUGGAGGAUGGAUCGAUGCCGGUAGCGUUGGCUGCGCGGCAUGGUAUCAUACGCCCACCGGUCACCGACUCACCGUCCACGGGCCAUUAAUCGCGCCGUUGGUAAGUCCUUGGAUGAGCGUGAGCAGGGUUAGAGAUACCAUGUGCAUUGGGGACGCGCGCUGCUGGUCCUGAAUUAGCAGCGUCCAUCCACCGUCUCGCGCGCGCGGUCUCACUGCUCCUCACCUGCUCCGCCUCUCCCUCCCUAAAAAUUCUUUCCUGCUGCUUGCUGCUGCCCGCCUGCUCCUGACCUUGGUGGUGAGGAAGAACCGAAGAAGGGAGCUCCUGCGCUGCGCCGGUACUUCUUGGGGAAGACUAUCCGUGGCCGCCCCCCGCAUUCAGGAAACUGGGCCGUGAGAGAAAGAAAGCCAUGAGUUUGUUCUCUGAAUAAAUUUGCUACUAUGUUGCUCCAUCCCGCCUCAUCUUCAUCUGUUAUCCGAAUGCUAGCAGAAAAUUUGAAACUUUAGGUUGGGAAAUUGGAAAGUGAUACAACUUGCCGAGAGCCCGAGAUUCACAGGCUGUGUGAGCUUGGUUCCAAUGGCUUGGCAGUUAAGUGUCCUUGUGAUGGCCAUAACUUGUUUGAUGUUAUUCCGAACAAGCGAGCAGUCUUCUCAGAGUGAGCUUCUGCAGCAGAUCAGGAAGCAGUUGGAAUACCCUAGGCAGCUGGAUGUCUGGAAUAACUCAAACGGUGACCCAUGCUACACUCAGCCCACUUCCAUGGUUACCGUGGUGUGCGAGGGGAAUGCCAUUACAGAGCUUAAGAUAGUCGGUGAUAGGAUCACCAAGCCACCAAAGUUCAGUGGCUAUCCUCUUCCCAAUGUUACCCUGUCUGAAGCCUUUGUUAUUGAUUCAUUUGUUACUACGCUGGCAAGGUUGACGACCUUGCGAGUUGUUAUCCUGGUCUCGUUGGGCCUAUGGGGACCUCUCCCUGACAAGAUUCACCGUCUGUCUUCGCUUCAAGUGCUUGAUUUGAGCUCCAAUUUUUUGUAUGGAUCUAUACCUCCGAAGCUUUCAGUCAUGUCAAAGCUCCAAACGCUGACACUGGAUGGUAACUACUUAAAUGGAACUGUGCCAGACUGGCUUGACUCGCUCUCGAACCUCGCCAUUCUGCGCUUGCAGGGUAACCGAUUAAAGGGGUCCAUACCAGCAUCAGUUGGUAAAGCUACCAUGCUUACAGAGCUAGCUAUUGCCGGCAAUAACAUCUCGGGUGAGGUUCCACAUUUGGGCAAUUUAAAUAAACUUGAGAUGUUGGAUUUGAGGGACAACGAGUUAGAUGGAGAUCUUCCAGAGAUGCCUACAAUAUUGGUCACAAUCUUGCUUAGCAAGAACUCUUUCAAGGGUGAAAUUCCUGAGAAGUUUGGCCAACUGAACAGGCUUCAACACCUCGAUCUCUCGUUCAACUUUCUUGAGGGGAGUCCCCCUGAAAAACUCUUUGAUCUCCCAAACAUCAGUUAUUUGAAUCUGGCGGCAAACAUGCUCAGUGGAUCACUUCCAAGUAGUUUAAUGUGCAGUGGCAGCCUUGGCUUUGUCGAUUUAUCUACUAACCGCCUCACUGGGGACCUGCCUGCUUGUCUAAAUGGUAAUUUUAAUAACAGGGUUGUUAAGUUUGAUGGGAAUUGCUUUAGUGCUGACCCUGAACACCAGCAUGAAGCUAAAUAUUGUCAACAAUCUCAUAAGGGGAAAAGAUCAAACACGGAUGUUGGACUUGUUGUCACCGUUGUCGGGAUAGUGCUGAUUGUGCUUGUUCUUUCUCUUCUAUUAGUGGCUUCAAACAAAAGAAGCUGUCAAAGAGUUACAGCAGAACAACAGUUACUGCAAAAGCAAAUGCAAGACAACUCGACUCCAGGAAUGUCCUCUGAACUGCUAGUAAAUGCAAGGUACAUAUCUCAAGCUGUGAAAUUUGGAACGCAAAUAAUGCCCACACAUCGUGUAUUUUCUUUAGAAGAGCUCAAAGAAGCAACAAAAUGCUUUGAACGGUCAGCAUUUUUAGGGGAGGGAUCCAUCGGAAAGCUAUACAAGGGAAAACUCGAGAGUGGAACUGUGAUUGCAAUAAGAUGCUUGGCAUUGCACCAGCGAUAUUCAAUAAGGAACCUAAAGCUUCGCCUAGAUCUCCUUGCGAAGCUUCGCCAUCCAAAUUUAGUUUGCCUCUUGGGACACUGCAUUGACAGUGCAGUUGAUGAGUCAAGUGUAAAAAGGGUUUUUCUUGUUUAUGAAUAUGUACCUAGUGGAACUCUGUCCUCAUAUCUUUCUGGCUCUAGUCCUGAGAAAACACUGGAGUGGUGCGAUAGACUGCAAGUGCUGAUUGGUAUUGCUAAGGCUGUUCAUUUCUUACAUACAGGAAUCAUUCCUGGUUCCUUGUAUAAUCGGUUAAAACCUUCUAGUGUUUUGCUUGAUGAACACCAUAUGGCAAAACUGGGUGACUACGGUUUGUCCAUAAUCACAGAGGAAAUAUACAAACAUGAGGCGAUAGGAGAAGGGCAGAGAUACAUACAAAAUAAUGCUGAAGAACUGGAAAGUUUACAGGAUGAUGUAUGUUCUUUUGGUUGUAUUGUGCUUGAAGUACUUAUGGGCUCAAAACUACAUAGAAAAGGAGACCCUUUCAUUUUAAGUGAACUGCUGCAGGUUCUGUCGAUACCAUGCCAAGAAGAGCGCAACCAAGUUCUGGAUCCAGUUGUGGUUGGCACUUCUUCACAGGAUUCGUUAUCGAUGGUGGUCUCCAUCACGAUCAAAUGCUUGACUGUUGAUUCUUCGACACGACCUUCCAUCGAAGAGGUUCUCUGGAAUCUGCAGUACGCUGCGCAAGUCCAGGCAACGGCUGACGGUGAUCAGAGAUCGGAAGUUUCGUUGCAAGCUUGUUAGCAUAACUGAGCAUAGCCAGCAUGUAAAUCAUGACCCAAAGAAUAGAGCAAAGAUGGCAACGGGUAAGGACCAUAUGCUCAAGUUCAGAAGGCCUCCACGUGCAGACCAGGGAAAUGACUAAGCUAACUGUUCGCCUUGGGAGUGAACCUGCAUAUUUGCUCAGCUGCAUUUGUAUAUGAAUACAUCCUAAUUAGCAUGUCAAAAUUCAAAUGCUGUAAGUUUGAGAGUCCCAGACAGGAGGGAUCACUUGGUUUUCGUCCUGUAAUUGUUUUUAUUGCAUUCUAUGUUACUCUCCGUUUCAUAAUUCUUGUCUCAAAUUUGUCCAAA